AUGGCAAUCCUUCAUGACUCCCCCAUAAUAAGCCCUCGCUGCCAUUCCAAGAGUAAACAUGCCCGAAAACCGUCUUCCGUCAAGGAGACUUCUGGUACUCCGUUUCGCUUCCUUUCGAGGGCUGUUUCCCUUCCCUCGCUGUCAUCUGUCAUCAAGUCCUCCCUGACUUGGGCCGGCGACACUUUGUAUAAUGUGAACCAGGAUAGCUCCUCCAAGGUGGGCAAGGGUGGGAAUAGUACUAUCGAGGAUCGAAAGCAGGUGCUAUAUCUUAAAAUGCGCAAUGCUGUAUCAUACAAAGAGUGGAAGGACUGCGCCUAUGAGUUGGACGAAUUAGAAGACAACAACUCCUGGAAAACAACCUUCGAGAGUUCCGAAUACGAUCCCCAUCUAGUACAGGAACGCCUGAAGCAACUAGAAGAAGCUCGCAUUAGCUGUGACGUUAGCCGAAUGAUGUUCCUAAUCCGCACCUCCCUAAGCCGCGAUUUAGGAAACAUGCGUAACGAUUCUCUCUAUGGGCACUCGCACGUGGGUACGAAGGACUUGAUUGAUCAGUACAUCACCACAGCCCUCGACACAAUAUCGUCGCUGGUAGACCUGUCAGCGAAAGGGCGGUGUGAUGGGUUGGAACUGAAGUAUAUCCUUGAUCAACUUCUAGCAGCAAGGCAAGCUUUUGGCCGGAGCGCCUUACUAUUCUCAGGUGGAGCAACAUUCGGUAUGAAUCACAUCGGCGUGCUCAAAGCGCUCUGGCAGGCAAAACUGCUUCCUCGUAUUAUCUCUGGCGCUUCGGCGGGAAGUAUUGUUUGCGCUGUCUUCUGCACUCGGACAGAUGAUGAACUGCCGUUACUUUUGGAUACGUUUGCCUAUGGGGACUUUGCUGUUUUCAAUGAUCCCGACCAGGAGGAGAAUAUUCUUCAGAAGACCGCCAGGUUUUUGAAGUACGGCUCUUUUCUGGACAUCUCCAACUUAGCCAAGGUUAUGCGAAAUUGGCUUGGGGAUAUUACAUUCCAGGAAGCAUAUAAUAGAACGCGCAGAAUACUUAACAUCUGCGUUUCUAGUGCUGGAAUCUAUGAGCUCCCCAAGCUUUUAAACUACAUAACAGCGCCUAAUGUGUUGAUUUGGUCUGCAGUGCAGUAUAUCGAUGGCUCAGUAGAUGGCGAUCUACCGAUGACCCGCCUAUCGGAAAUGUUCAAUGUCAACCACUUCAUUGUGUCGCAAGUUAAUCCUCAUGUGGUCCCCUUUCUCCCAAAAUACGAUGGUCCGACCCACGGAACACCGCAGACCCCGUCCUUGACUUCUCGGCUGUUCCACACCAUGACGCACCUCGCGAAGGAUGAGGUAUUGCAUCGACUGACGGUUUUAUCUGAACUUGGUAUUUUCCCAACAUCUCUGACCAAAACCGUAUCAAUCGUGAACCAGAAAUACUCCGGGGAUAUUAACAUUUACCCUGAAAUACUCUACACCCAUUUCCCUGUAAUUCUAAAGAAUCCGACUACGGAGUUCAUGCUCAAAGCAUGUCUUUCAGGGGAGCGUGCGACGUGGCCCAAACUCAGACGGAUUCGAAACCACUGCGCUAUUGAAUUAGCGUUGGACUCGGCUAUCCAACAGAUGCGGGCGAGAGUGGCAUUUAGCUCGAGCCAGACAGCAUUAAGGACAAUCGGGCUGCCUGGCUAUUCGGAAACCAUAGACGGUAGCUGUGGCCGAGGACGCUUGCUGAACCGGAGAAGCUCCUACAGUCAUGAAGUUGAAAAGGCCAAGCAUAUCAGGGCCAAUUCUGGUCGCCGAGCAAGACCACUUCUAAGACGAUGCUGUAGUGUACAGUCACCCGAACAAUCGUCAGACACCGAUCGGCAAGAUGAGACAGAUGAUGAUCGAGUUGAGGCUCGUGAAAGUUAUUUUCCCGACCUUAGCGAUGACCUAUCUCUCACGGAGUCUGGCACUGACGAAGAGACGCGACCCCUGGGUUUGGAACGACUCAGGCUUGCAGAUGGUCGAGCAGUUCAUCAUCAAUUAUCUCGCUGGUCCGCUCCGCAUGGUACCCUCCCAUCGCUGCGGUCAUUACCAACUACAUCUAUUCACUCAAGGAGAUCAUCUGUGGGCACACAAUAUCAGCCAUCAACCCAUAUCAUAGAUUCCUCUUUGACUCCGCCACGCCAGUUAUCCACCAAAUUGAUAUCAUCCUCUCAAAGCCGCACUCUCCGCAUGACACCCACGAGCCAUCCAGACCUCACACCUCGCACCUACAACUAG